CCCCGCCCACUCUGUCAUCGUCCUGUCAUUCUCGCUCUCAUUCUGUCCGUUUACUCGGUUUCUGAGGCAAUUUUUGGGUUUUUAAACCGCUGGACGCAGCGAUCUAGUUAUUAAGGGUUUAUUUUCGAAGCACAUUCGGUCCUGGACGUUGUUAAUGUAUAAAGCCACGUGUUUUGAUUAGAGAUCAUGUCGUACUGCUCGUUCCAGGCGCAGCUCGUGUCCUUCAUGGAGCUCGUGGCCAAAGCGGCGGAAGCGGAAAUCAGCCGGCGCGUGGACGAGAGCUGCGCGGUCAUCAGACUGGAGCUGACCCGCAGCCGAAGGGACAUCGAUGCCCUCAAGAGGAAGUGCGUGCUUCUGGACGGCGAGCUGAGGAGGGUCAGAGGGCGGGGCAGGAGGAGAGUGUGGUUCAGGACUCAGAGAGACUCCGAUGUGUCUGUGAUCGGAGAUCAGGAGCAGAAUCCAGAUCAGAAUCCAGAUCAGUCUGUCUGUUCACCGGACGAGGGAACCGGGGUUUUAGUGAUUAAACAAGAGCAACAGGAACAAGAAUCCAGCAGCGCUGCUGCAGCGAAUCGUCCCUUCGAUCCCGAGCAGCAGAACAUCCAACAGAUCCAAGCUCAGGAGAACCAUAAACCACUGUUAGGAGGAGCUUCAGAGAUCCCAAACACACACUGCACACAUUCCCAGACGUCCACGGAGCGUCGGAGCGGACCGGGACUCCAGGUUAAAGCUGAGGAGGACGAUGAGGAGCCGAGAGGUCACCUGAGGUUCGCUCAGCUGUGGACAAACACAGAGCCGUCCAGAAACAUGUGUCUGGAUCCCGUGGAGACACAGAUGGAGCUUUACGAGCCUGAACGGAUCGGUGCAGAUGAUGGAGAGACGGGUGCAGGGGUGGAUUCGGGUCCAGCGUUGGCUCGCCGGCUCCGGACUCACUGGCGCUCGAGUGCAGACGUGGAGAAGCGCUUCAGCUGCUCGUACUGCGAGAAGAGCUUCAGUCGCUUCGGGCAGCUGAAGGAGCAUCUGCGCAGUCACACGGGCGAGAAGCCCUUCGCCUGCGCUCAGUGCGGACGCAGCUUCACCAAACACUGCAAUCUGAUCCGGCACGCCGUGGUGCACAGCGGAGAGAAGCCGUACCAGUGCGGUCAGUGCGGGAAACGCUUCACGCAGCGCUCCAGUCUGAAGUCUCACCAGAGGACGCACUCGAGCGCGAGGGGUCACAGCUGACAACAGCACAACACAGCAGCUCAUCCACUGUAAAACACACACAGGGACUUCUUUUGUGCUGUUUUAAAUGCACUUUCAAAUUGUAUGUUCAUAUUUUGAUUUCAGAUUGUAUCGAUUGAUGUGUUUGAUUUGUUAAUUUAUGAUUUGUCUGCAUGAUUGAAUAAAACAUUUGUUACAGUU